UCCUACUUCCGGAAAGAUGGCGGCGGCCUGGAGAACCGUUUGGGCGGUUGUCUCCCGGGGAUACGUGAGGCGCGGCGGGGCGCCGGUGCUGAGCAGCCUGCGGGCCUACAGGCCCGGGGUGGGCCCCUGGCUUGCCACUGCCGCUCUGGUCGGAGGCGGCGCGUUCGUGGGCUUUGGUGGAGGAUGGAGCGGGCAGGGAGGGAGCGGCGGCUUCCUGACAGUCCUGGCUCAGAAGGAGGGUAAUGUCGAUGAAGAGAUGGCGGAAAAGCUGUCCAUCCGAAAGCAACGUUUUAUGCAGUUUGCUUCCUUGGAAUAUGAAGGCGAAUAUUACAUGACUCCAAGGGACUUCCUGUUUUCAGUGAUGUUUGACAAAUCGAGACGUAAAACUUUAGCCAAGAAACUGACAAAAAAGGAGGUAGAUUCGACUCUAGGAAAUGUUGCAAAGACUAAACCAGGGCCAACUUUUUUUAGAAACCUCGGAGAUAAAGGAUUGAUCUCCUACACAGAGUAUCUCUUUUUGCUGACAAUACUCACAAAACCACAGACUGGAUUUCAUAUUGCUUUUAAAAUGUUGGAUGCAGACGGGAAUGAACAUUUAGAGAAAAAGGAAUUUUUUAAGCUGCAGAAAAUAAUUGGGACGCAAGAUGAGCUUAAAACAGCUUUAGGAGACGAAACACUAUCUCAGGAGCCAGAAUCAGAAGACCCUGAUAUUAAUACCAUGUUGCUGGUCCACUUCUUUGGAAGAGGAGGAAAAAAGAAGCUUCAUUACUGUGAAUUUCACAGAUUUAUGCAGGAUUUACAAGCAGAGGUACAAGAGAUGGAAUUCAUCCAAUUUUCCAAAGGUCUAGCCUUCAUGAGAAAAGAGGAUUUUGUAGAGUGGUUGCUGUAUUUUACUGAGCAAGAGAACAAUGAAAUUUACUGGCAAAAUGUGAAGGAAAGGAUCCAAGCAGGAGAGAGUAUCAGUUUGGAGGAAUUUAAGACUUUCUGCCAGUUUACAAACCGCCUAGAAGAUUUUUCAAUUGCCUUGAAAAUGUUCACGGUAGCCAGCCGCCCUGUUAAACGAGCCGAGUUCAAGAGAGCUGUGAAAGCUGUUACAGGACAGGAACUCUCAGAAAAUGUUUUGGACACCAUCUUCAAGAUCUUUGAUUUGGAUGGAGACAAUUGCCUCAGCCAUGCAGAAUUCCUUGGAGUCCUAAAAAACAGGAUGCAUCGAGGCUUAAGGGUGCCUAAGCAGCAAGGAGUUCCAGGUUACUGGAAAUGUGUGAAAAGGGAGAGCAUUAAAGGAGCAAAAGAAGUCUGGAAACAAACUGGGAAAAGUCCCUUCUAGAAAAAAGCAUCAUUUUACAACUAUAAAUGUCUGGGUUUGCUUUUUGUGUAUGUUUGUUUACAUAAUGGCUAUAUUCGAUACAAGAGAAUAUCUUUAUACAAUUGAGUAUUGAACAAAUUUAUUUUCUCAUUAUAAUUCUACAGUAUUUAUCAGUAUAAUCAACAUUGAUGGGGGACUAUUACAAUUUCUAGAUUUCAUAAGGUGUUUUAAUUCCCAAUAGUACUGAAGCUCUAAAAAAUGGAUACUAUCAAAAUCCCUGAAUUGAUCAGUCUGCCUGGAAUUUAGUAGAAAUGUUUCAUUUUGCAAAUGUUUCAUAAGAAAAGCACGUCCCGUUAACAGGGCUGAAAGACUUAAAAGGAUAUCCUGUGACCAGAAAGAAGAAAAGCCCGAAACCUACAACUCCAGUAUGAAUUUUAUAAAGCAACAAUCAUUUUAAAACGACAAUCCUCAGUUGCCUCACAGAUUUCACUAGUUCUGAACAAUUACUGGACUGAAACUUUGUAUAUUCCUGUAUAUUUUUCUUCUAAUUUAUACAAAUAUAUUUUUGACUAUUCUGUUUGCAGUAUGCUUUGCAUCUCUCACUCCAGCCUGGAAAUAGGAACAUGUUUACAUAAACUGGAAGAUUGUAAAUGGUGUGAAUUUGUAUAGACAAAAAGUUGCAUGCAGUCAAUAAAUGGGUGGAAAAUAAAGUGUCUUUUGGUAGAUAUAAAUGAAACAGUUUCUGGCCAUCCUUGACACUGAGCUUGGCAAUUACUUUUUCUCUAUGGGCUUGCUAUGUCUGUAGUGGUUCAGCUUUGCAGAGCAAUGAGCAUCUUGAUUAUUUCAGGAGAAAAGAGAUUGAAAUUGGGAGGGGGAGUUAACCAGACCUCUAACUUUAGUAUAAAUAGAAAUGGGAGGGAAGUUAACUUGAAUACAAAUAAGAAACUGUGCAAUGCCAAUCUGUAAUUUAGACACCAGCAGCCUCUGAGCCGAAUCCAGUCUGCUGGGGACAGGGCUGUUGCGAUGUUUGAGGCAAGGAUCUCUCUAACCCCCACCACUGUGGUCUCUCCCCCUCGCCUGGAAAUGAAGGCAGGGAUGGCUGCAGCCACUUCAUUCGCUGCUUUGAGCACCCGGCUGAUUGCAGCUCCCCCAUCCCUCCUGCCGCCUUCCCUGGUAGUCUGGCCUGACGGUUGGUGGAGAUGGAGAGCAGUGCUGAGCUCGCCACUUAGCAGAGAAGUGCUGUUUCUGUUGAUUACUUCUGUUGAUUACUUAGGUUACACAGUUUUUAAAACCAAUAAAGCGUGCAGUUAUAGAUAUGGAUAAAGAUAUAGGUAAGUGCUGGGCGAAGGAGCCACCAGCAUCUUCAUUCGUCCAGAAGGGCAAGGCAUUCUAGUGUAAUGAAGACAGCAGCAGCUGCAGCCACUGUUCUCUGCUGACUG